AUGCUCUAUGGGAGGCUGAAGACUCGCAGUCUCAUGAACAAGUUCUCUUUUUUCUUCAUAUGGUUUUGUGUUCAGAAAUUUGGUGGCUCAUAUCGUCUGUUCCUUGCUUUGGAUCUCCUUACUCAUCUAUUUGGCUUGGAAGUUUUCACUAUAAUGUCUGCUUCAAAAGCUGUAGCAACUUCAUCUUCUUGUUCUGAUGAUGAGUUCUCGAGCUUUAGAGGCAAAACCAUCUUGAGCUGUAGAGGCAAAGACGUUCUCAAGCCUUUUGCAGAUCAUCUCUAUGUAGCUCUGACUCAAGCUGGGAUUCACACCUUCAGAGACGAUGAUGAAAUAGAGAGAGGAGAAAACAUUGAGCAAGAACUCAAGAAAGCAAUACAACAAUCAAAAGUAGCAGUAAUAGUGUUUUCCCCAGACUAUGCCUCUUCAAGAUGGCGCCUUAAUGAGCUUUUGAAGAUCAAUGAGGUUAGGAAAUCUGGUGUUAUGCAUAUUUUGGCAAUUUUCUACCAUGUCCAUCCACAUGCGGUCAGGUGGCAGACAGGAAGCUUCACGGAAGCAGUUGUUAGACAUGAAGAGCAAUUAAAGGUGGAGAUAGACAAGGUGGAGAGAUGGAGGGCAGCUCUCAAAGAAGUUGCAGAUCUAGGCGGGGAGGUUUUAAAAGACCAGUAA